AUGGACGCCGAGCGAUCUUCAACCCGUCCCCUCCUCGCCUUCCAGCACUGCCGCGGUGCCUUUGACAACCUCGUUGCAACAGGGCAACUCAUAAACAAUCCAUCUCUCGAUUCAGGAGCGGACCUCCAGGGCAUAGUCAACGGGCUGGAUCAUAACCGCAGAUGGGACUCGAUCCGCCCUCAACUCAGCCAUGCACAAUGGGAAGUCUGCGAGGGUUACGGCGGAUGGACUGCGUUUGUUGAUCACUAUGGUCUCCGGCGUCCUUGGGAACAAGUGCAGAUUGAAGAGGGUGUCAAGAUCCUUGAUAUUAUCGCCCGCCGCAUAGCUGAUUUAUGCCCUGAGUCUCCUCCUCGUACCGCCACCUAA